AUUUGCGUGCUUUCGCGCGCAACCGAGAGGAAGCGCGUGGAGGUUAUGAUGGAGGAAAGGUAGAGAGAGGUGUGCGACUGGCAGGAAGCUUACCAUCAGAUGACAAGAAACACAUCUACAAUUGUUCUGCCUUGAACUACGCAUUUAAAUCUAACUAAGCAGCGUUGACGUGUCUAGGCACGUGUUUAUUUUUUAUCACUCCAGUUUCCCGUAAACCGACGCCCUGGAACGCCCAAAAAUGCCGAACAUUAAGAUUUUCAGUGGUAGCUCUCACCAAGAUCUGUCUCAAAAGAUCGCCGACCGUUUGGGUUUGGAGCUAGGAAAGGUGGUUACAAAGAAAUUCAGCAAUCAGGAGACAUGCGUGGAGAUCGGCGAGAGCGUGAGAGGGGAGGACGUCUACAUCGUUCAGAGCGGCUGCGGCGAGAUCAACGACAACCUGAUGGAGCUGCUGAUCAUGAUCAACGCCUGCAAGAUCGCCUCGGCCUCCCGCGUGACCGCCGUCAUCCCCUGCUUCCCCUACGCCCGCCAGGACAAGAAGGACAAGGUGGGGAGUCGAGCGCCCAUCUCCGCCAAGCUGGUGGCCAACAUGCUGUCUGUGUCCGGAGCCGAUCACAUCAUCACCAUGGACCUGCAUGCCUCCCAGAUUCAGGGUUUCUUUGACAUCCCGGUGGACAAUUUGUACGCAGAGCCCGCUGUGCUCAAGUGGAUUAAGGAGAACAUUCUGGAAUGGAAGAACUGCACCAUCGUGUCCCCGGAUGCUGGAGGAGCCAAGAGAGUCACCUCCAUCGCCGACCGCCUGAAUGUCGACUUCGCCCUCAUCCACAAGGAGAGGAAGAAGGCUAACGAGGUUGACCGCAUGGUCCUUGUGGGGGACGUGAAGGACCGAGUUGCCAUUUUAGUCGAUGACAUGGCUGACACCUGCGGCACCAUCUGCCAUGCAGCUGACAAGCUUUUAUCGGCUGGAGCCACCAAAGUGUACGCCAUCCUCACCCACGGCAUCUUCUCUGGACCGGCCAUCUCCCGCAUCAACAACGCCUGCUUCGAGGCUGUGGUCGUCACCAACACCAUCCCACAGGAGGAGAAGAUGAAGCACUGUCCUAAAAUACAGGUGAUUGACAUCUCCAUGAUCCUGGCCGAGGCCAUCCGCAGGACUCACAAUGGCGAGUCCGUCUCCUAUCUCUUCAGCCACGUACCCUUGUAACAAUUCCCUCUCCAGCAGAGAGGCCCCGCCCCACCCUGCCCCCUGCUGCUCUACUGAAAGAGGACUUGCCCCUAACAAUGCCAUUUCUGCUUCCUCUCUCCCUCUCCACCCACCCCCUCCCACCCUGGUUUAAACCUUUACCAUGCCUGAGGUUCCAGAAGUUUAUAAGCCAUUGUGAACCCCCCCCCCUCCCCCCCGCCCCUCCCCCCCGCCCCUCCUCCUCCCAUCCUGGUUCUAUCUGUGGUAUCUCCCUCCCCCACUACUAGAAUUUGGGACUUUAAAUCUCCCCCACUGCCACCAUAUCACCAUAUCCCAUGGUCAUAUUGUGUUACAUUGAAGGUCAACUUGCUUUAAUGCUGAUUUCUGUUGUCUAGAAUUUUUCUUUGCGUGUGUCUUUCAGUUUGUUCUAAAGGCAGUGCUCAGCAGCAUGGCGCAAGAAUGAGCUGUGGUUUACAGUACUGCUGAAGGCCAGUUAGACAGGUAGUGCUUGCCUUGAGGACAUGGAUCAAAGCAGAGAGGGUUUGCUUUUGAGAUCUCUGCCAUCCUGUGUCUCUGAAUCUGGGGGGUUUCGCUCAGGGUCUUUGCAGGCUGGAGCUUCCUUUAAAAAAAAAAGGCCAUAUCUGCUGUUUUUAUGACAUUUUUUUAAUGAACUUCAUUAUGAACGUUUUUUUAAGGAGUGACUUUAGUUUGGUUUUUUUAUUUUUAAUCAAGUCAUGCAUGUGUUACAUUCAGGCUGUUGCUAGUCUGUAUCUGUUAGUUACUGCAAAGUGUACCGUGUUAGACCUCAGGAAGGCGUUCAGUAGUCAGUAUUCUAGCUGUCCCUAUGCUAGUCUUGCUUGAUUCCAAUCCGUGUCAUAGCUUUUGUUUUAUUGUUUUUGAUUUUUAAGUGCAUGAUAUGAUACUGUGACAUUAAAUCAAAUGUUCAAAAGCA